CCUCCCGACAGAAGAGGGCACACUGCAGCUCAACGGAACUGGUGUCAAAUUCCGUCGAAGACCGACGUCUGGAAAUAAACAGGAAGAGAGUAGGCUACGUUGAAUGAAGACAGAGCAUUUGUAAGUCAUUAUGGGCAAGAGCUGCAAGGUGGUGGUGUGUGGCCAGGGGUCGGUGGGAAAAACUGCAGUUCUGGAGCAGUUACUGUACGCCAACCAUGUUGCAGGUUCAGAGACCAUGGAGACACUGGAGGACAUUUACAUCGGGUCUGUGGAAACGGACCGCGGCUCCCGAGAGCAGCUGCGGUUCUACGACACGCGCGGGCUGCGUGACGGUCAGGAGUUCCCGCGGCACUACUUCACUUUCGCGGAUGGGUUCGUGCUCGUCUACAGCAUCGACAGCAAAGAGUCGUUUAAACGCGUAGAGGCACUGAAGAAAGAGAUCGACCGCUGCCGUGAUAAAAAAGAGGUGACUAUUGUUGUUGUGGGUAAUAAGUUGGACCUGCAGGAUCAGAGGAGAGUGGACAGCGAGGCGGCUCAACAGUGGGCACGGCAGGAGAAGAUCAGGCUGUGGGAGGUUUCUGUGACUGACAGACGAACGCUCAUUGAGCCCUUUGUCCAUCUAGCCAGCAAAAUGACUCAACCUCAGAGCAAAUCCACCUUCCCACUCAGCCGCAACAAGAACAAGGGCAGUGGAUCCCUGGACGGCUAGAGAUCAAGGAGAUGGCAAUAAAGCUGGCAGGCAGAAUAACGUAAAGAUCAUGUGAGGCAAAUCUCUAAAGAACAAGUCACUCAAUUUUAUAACUUUGUAACAUUUUAACUUGGAGUGCCAUUAUAAGCUGUACGUGUUCAGCACACUAUAAAGUUACUGCUUUAAUGAAGUUUUAUAUUGAGUUCAUAUGUUGCUGUGCGAUUAUUUAUGUCAUGCUUAUCUUAAAAUGAUUGACUAAAACAAAAUACUUUUACACUGAAAAAUAUAUACCUCUAUGUUACAAAAAGUUACAACCUAUGUGAAAGCAGCUGGAUAAUUGGUCUUGUUCAAUAAGAUUUUAAAGAUGUUUGAGCUAUGAUGACUGCUAUUUUUGUGACAUCAACUUGACAAAAGAAUGUCUUAAUAUAAUGCAGACUGGAUGGAUAUUUUACUUAUUUUGUGAGACAACACAUUCCUGUUUCUUAAUGUUUACUGAUUUAUUCUAUAAGUAAGUCUCCACAAGUGAAAUUUUAUCCAUGUGUGUUUGAUUGUGUAUGAGUGAGAUAAUUACAGUAUCACCACUGUGCCAUUGUAUUUUUUGCCCUAUUGACAUUGAAUUUCGUGAGGAAAGUCAUAUCAGAAAUUGUUUGCGUUCAGUUGAAACUAUUCUGGGUGGAAAAACCUGAGAUUGCUUUCAAAUACAUCUUUUUACAUGUUACAUAAAGCAUUUUUGUCUGAAAACAAAAACUGUAUGUGCAGAUUUUCAAACAUUUCAAUAAAGAUGCUUGUGUGGAAAUGU